ACCUUACAAAAGUAAUAGUAGAAAAAAUGGAAAACACCGGGCGUUAUAAUUUUCUUCUGUCGGAUAUGAAUUCACCGAAUUCUUCUUAGAUUCUCCGGACUCCGGGCCUCUCUCUCGCGCUCUCUCUCUCGCUAGAUUCCCUCUUUUCAAAUCAGCGCAUGGCGGCUGCUAUGAAAAUUAUCUUCGGUCUGUUGACGUUUGUUACUGUUGGAAUGAUAAUAGGUGCUUUAUUUCAGUUGGCAUUUAUACGAAGAUUGGAAGACACAUAUGGCACUGAGUUUCCCUCUAGAAGAAUGCGUGAAAGUGGGAAUUAUGGUUAUCUUCAUUUCCCUGGAGGUUGGGCCAAUGACAAAGAAGCUGAAAUUUUACGUAUUGGUUAUGUCAAACCAGAAAUAGUUAGCUGGUCGCCACGAAUCAUUGUAUUCCAUAAUUUUUUGAGUAUGGAGGAAUGUGACUAUCUCAUGGCUACAGCUAAACCUCGCCUACAGACUUCUACUGUUGUGGAUACCAAGACGGGGAAGGGGAUUACGAGUGAAGUUAGGACAAGCUCUGGUAUGUUUUUGAGCCAUGAGGAGAGGAAGUAUCCCAUGGUACAGGCAAUUGAAAAGCGAAUUUCUGUCUAUUCUCAAAUACCAGUAGAAAACGGAGAGCUUAUUCAAGUUUUAAGGUAUGAAAAAAAUCAAUUUUACAAGCCACAUCAUGACUACUUCUCGGAUACUUUUAACUUGAAGCGUGGUGGUCAGCGAAUUGCAACAAUGCUUAUGUAUUUAAGUGACAAUGUUGAGGGGGGAGAAACUUACUUCCCUAUGGUUGAUUCUGUAGAAUGUGAAUGUGGUGGAGAGAUAAUGGCAGGGUUGUCCGUGAAACCAGUUAAAGGAGAUGCAGUGCUUUUUUGGAGCAUGGGGCUAGAUGGACAAUCAGACCCAAACAGCAUACAUGGAGGAUGUAAAGUAUUGGCAGGAGAGAAGUGGUCGGCUACCAAAUGGAUGAGGCAGAGAACUACAUCCUGAUUCCUUAAAUACCUUUUGAAUGUUGGGUUUCUUCUAUAGAUUUAUUUCUUCUUGAUCUUAGCAAAAAUAAUUUUGAAGGCUAGUGCAUGUGAGAAUUUUAUGGAUGAAAAUUUAUUAAUAGAGCUUAUUAACUAUAAUUUAUCCUUAAA